ACUAAAGUACAAGAACAAUAUGUGAAAAAUACAUUUAUAAAAUUUACUAAAAAUAUAAAGAUAUAGUGAAUAAAGUUUAAUAAUACUUUACAUUUAGUAAUCUAUUUGUGUGACUAAUCAGUCUGACUGAUAAUGAAAUGUCUAAACAUUACCAGCAAUACACUUUGAUAACUAUAUAUUAAUUUACACUUUACAACGAAAUAUCUCCCUCUGUGUGUUUGUGUUUUCCUGUACUCAUAUCUUUGUGAGGACCAUAUUAAGCGAAGACCCCACAGAGUGAGGACAUUUUGACCGGUCCUCACUUUGUCAAUGGGCGGUUCGGGGGUUAAGGCUUGGAUUUAGGGUUAGGGUUGGGCAUUCAGUUUGGAUGGUUAAGGUUAAAGUAAGGGGCUUGGUGAAUGUAUUAUGUAAAUGAGUGUCCUCACCAAUACAGACAUACAAACGUGUGUUAUUCAAGUGACAGAUAAUGAAAUUUCUAUACAUCCUCAGCAAUAAACUUGGAGGACUUUGUGCAGUAUAUGUAUGCACAUAAUGAAAAUAUGCAGAAUAUCUUGUGUUUAUGAUUUGGCGCUUUAAAUUGACCUGAAUUGAACACCUUUUAUUUUAGCUCUUCUUUUCGCCAUGGACUUUUGUGAAGCACUUUGUAACCUGGUUUAAAUAAGUGCUACACAAAUAAAGUCACCAUUAUCAUCAUAUUGCAGAUUGAGUGAUCAACCCUUCACACAGUCAUCAAAGUGUUUGACUGAUAAAUAAACGACUGAUAAAACAAGCAACAACACACUUUGACUUUUUCACUGAACCUCAUCACCCCCCCUCCUGCUCCUCCUCCCCCCUCCACCAGCCUCCUGUGCUCGGUACACACUCAUCACUAAUCCGCCUCAUUCCCAUUCUCCAGCUGGUCUGAUCCACCACAGGGACUCGAACACGGUACAGUUCACAGGAGGUGACCGUGUUCGCGGUGUGAGGAGCCUGAUGUCAGAGCUGGAUAUACAGAAGCAGAAGUGAAGGAACUGCCCAUCAAUGGCCAGCCCCGCCCCUCAGCUUGAUGCACUGUGACAGAGAAGUGAGUCGACCGCAGAAAUAUUGUAGCUAAUUGCCAUGGAAGACACUCAGCCCAAACCUGCCAGCCCGGACCAGAGCCCAGCACCCAGUCCUGCUCUCAGUCCAGCUCCCAGUCCUGCACCCAGUCCUGCACCCGGCCCACUGCUGGACAACAUCGCGGUAACUGGAGCAAACCAUGUGGAGCACCUAAACGUGAACCAGAUCCAGGUGGUGGUGCGACGCUGCUCCAGUCCAAAUGUCACAGAGGAGACAACCUAUUUUCUUCCCCGAAACCCGGUGGUGGAUGCCGGCACAAACACAGACCCACCAGUGGUCUGCUGCCCCUUGCUCCACAGAUUCUGCCCAUGCCCACCAAGAGGCCUCCUGGCUUCUCUCAUUACCAAAGUCAUUUUGGCAGCUGUGCUCUUUGGACUGGUUUGGUCCAUCACAGAGAAAGAAUGUCUCCCCGGAGGAAACUUGUUCGGCAUCACAAUACUUUUCAUCUGUGCGGUCAUCGGUGGUAAACUGGUGUCUCUGAUCCAUUUGCCCAAACUUCCACCAUUCCCACCACUGCUGGGUAUGCUGCUGAUGGGCUUCACGCUGAGGAACAUCCCAGUUAUAAGAGACGGGGUGUACAUUGAAUUCAGAUGGUCGGCGUCCCUCAGGAACAUCGCUCUGGCUGUGAUCCUGGCCAGAGCUGGUCUCGGGUUGGAUCCCACGGCUCUGAGGAAGCUGAAGGGCGUGUGUAUGCGAGUGGCAGCCGGGCCCUGCUUGAUCGAGGCUUGCACCACAGCGCUGGUCUCUCACUUCCUCAUGGGCUUGCCCUGGGUGUGGGGUUUCAUCCUCGGUUUUGUGUUGGGCGCUGUGUCUCCAGCGGUGGUGGUUCCCUCCAUGCUGCUGCUGCAGAAGGACGGUUACGGCGUGGAGCAGGGCAUCCCCACGCUGCUGAUGGCUGCAGGCAGUUUUGACGACAUUCUCGCCAUCACUGGGUUCACCACAUGCUUGAGCAUGGCCUUCGCCGAAGGCUCCACGUGGUUCAACCUCCUGAGAGGUGUACUGGAGGUGGGCGGUGGGAUGGUUGCUGGGAUUAUUCUUGGUUUCCUCAUCCAAUACUUUCCUAGUGUUGACCAGAAACAUCUGGUGAUGAAGCGCUCCUUCCUGGUGCUGGCUCUCUCCGUCUUUGCCGUGUUCGGCAGCAACGUCGCUGGAUUUCCCGGCUCCGGAGGCCUCUGCACCCUCGUGUUGGCAUUUCUAGCUGGACUCGGCUGGGGGAAGGAAAAGGCACGUGUGGAAGAAGUGGUCGGGUGGGCGUGGGAUAUUUUUCAGCCCCUACUGUUUGGACUGAUCGGAGCCGAGAUUCGAAUCUCUCAGCUGGAGGGACACACAGUUGGUCUGGGUAUAGCCUCUCUGCUCAUUGCCCUCGCGGUUCGACUCCUGUUCACCUUUGUGUGUGUGCUGUGCGCGGGCUUCAACAUGAGGGAGAAAGUGUUCAUCGCCCUGGCAUGGAUGCCCAAAGCCACAGUGCAGGCAGCUAUAGGCUCCACAGCUUUAGACAUGGCCAGGUCAAGGAACGAUAAGCAGAUGGAGAAGUACGGCAUGGACGUGUUGACGGUGGCCGUGCUGGCCAUCCUGGUCACGGCCCCGCUGGGAGCGCUUAUUAUAGGAAUCACUGGGCCGUACCUGCUACAGAGACCGAAGAACUGCGGUGAGCGAGUCAAACCCAAUUUAUCAUCGUUUUUCCUUGGCACCGGAGCAGGAAGUGACGAUGACAACGAAACUCCUGUCACCUAUGAAAGUACACUCUGACACUGCCGGUCUUGACCCAGCGAGCGAAAGGACGUUAACAACAACACUUCCGCUCUGCGCUCACACAAAAAGCGGAUAUUUGAGCUUUCUUCUGUGACUCUAUCCACUGGUCACCUCCUGAUGUUUGUCUUCUUGCAGGAGCACAUGAAUCACGCUGUAUUUAUAGCCCCUGGUGGUUUCCAGGCCUCGGGCUCUAAACAAAUGACCCACAUCGAAGCGUCUGCACUGUCAAUGGUGUAAUGCUGUGUUUUUAUUAUAUGCAGGGUUGAAUGUACUGACAGUAGCAGUAUUUUAUUUAUUUGUGUUUUAAAAAUUAGACUUCUUGGUUACUAACACAUAUUUAAGUCUUUUGUUCUUCUGCACUUAUUUUUACAGCUACUUGUUGGUGUAUUUAAUUUUUAUUGAAAUAAGUAUUAGCUGUUUGUCUUGUGAUGAGAAGGGGUUUGUCUAAUUUUCUCAGGAAAAAUAUCGAAAUAAGCCGCAAUACAUUAUACACGAUGCUGCUAUCAUCUGCAACAUGGCACUAUGCCUACAUCGUCAUGUGAUGAUGUCCACAUUCAUGUAAACCCAACUUUUUAUAGUUUGAUCAAGAGUAGAUUUAGAUUUUUUUCUAUUUCAGAAGAAUGCAGUGUGAGUUGUUUUUGAUCUGUUUGAAUUUAUAUGGCCUCAUUUCAAAGGUUCUCAUGUAUUAUUAGCCAAUGUUUGAUAAUUUUACAGAAAUAAGCUUUAGUUUUUUACCAAAUAUUCUUUAAAUAAAUGCUGUAGUGAACGUGCAACAUGCUGUAUAUUUAGAGUUUGAUGUAUUUUUAAGAAAGAUUAUAAUUUAUCUCAGCGUUCAUCAAAAGUCAGCACAGGCAUCCAGCGACUCUGAUGAACAUGGUUUCAUAAAGACUUCAUAUGUUUAAAUUGUUGAGUUGAUUCCUCGAUUACUCAAACUGUUCCCAUUAGUCUAUUUAUACCAUAUGUAACAAAGUACAUUUACUUUGUUAAUGUACUUGAAUAAAUCCCCAUGUAUCUGUACUUAUUGUUUAAUAAGUAUAUUUAUUUUAAAGUACAUAUAUCAGCAAAUAUCUGUACUUUCUACAUUUGAACAAUGCAUUGAGCUUCAUUUGAACACUGUUUUUAUAUUAAAGUAAACUAUGCCACAA